AUAUAUAACGGCCCCUAAGAUUACUUUUACCGCUCUUCUCUUUCAAAGACGAAGGCACAAACAAAAACUAUUUCACACUCCAAUUAAGCAUCCCUAAACAUGGCAACAAUAAUCUUCCUCUUAACCUUGCUGACAAUCAUCUUCUUCUUCCUCCACCGGCGUAAAGCCUCUUCCCCCACAAGGCUGCCGCCACGCCCACCAGGCCUCCCACUAUUAGGAAACCUCCACCAACUCGGCUCACUUCCCCACCGUUCCCUCAACUCCCUUUCCAAAAAAUAUGGCCCCCUCAUCCUUCUCCAACUGGGUGUCACCGCCCCCACCGUCGUCGUUUCCUCCGCGGAGAUCGCGGAGCAGGUCAUGAAGGCCCAAGACCUCAUCUUUGCAAGUCGUCCGCCAUCCUCUUUAGCCAAUCAUCUCCUCUACAACAGCACCGAUGUUGCAUUCUCUCCUUACAGUGACUACUGGAGGAUGAUAAAGAAGAUAUGCGUCGUCCACCUGCUGAGUAGCAAGUGCGUACAAUCAUACAAGAGUGUGCGGGAGGAGGAGGUGGCUCUUCUCAUUGCAGAUAUCCGCGCUGCUUCGGUGGCGGCGGAGGCGGUGAACUUGAGCAAGAGGUUGGUUGUUCUCACUAAUGAUAUCUUAUGCAGGGUGGCGUUGGGGAGGAAGUAUUCAGGGGAGACGAAAUUCGGAGAGAUGUUGGAAGAGUUUACUAAAUUGUUGGGGUGCUUUCCAGUUGCUGAUUUUGUUCCUUGGCUUGGUUGGAUUGAUGUGCUUACUGGGUUGAAUGCAAGAGUGAGGAGAAAUUCUAAGGAAUUGGAUGAGCUUUUAGAGCAAAUUCUUGAGGAGCGUCUUCACAGAAAGAGAUCAAAAACUAUUGGCGCUGACGAAGAAGUUUUAGAUCUAGUGGAUGUGUUGUUAUCCGUUAAAGAUCAACAUGAAGGCAACGAUGCUGCCAUCCCCCUCCAGAAAGAGCAUAUCAAAGCUGUAAUUCUGGAUAUGUUUGCUGGGGGCACAGACACAACAUUCACCGUUUUAGAAUGGGCCAUGGCAGAGCUCAUACAUCAUCCAACAUGCAUGCAAGACGUUCAAAAAGAGAUAAGAGAUGUUGUUGGAUCUAAGGAGUUUGUUGAAGAAGAAGACAUAGACAGAUUGACUUACCUAAAGGCAAUAAUCAAAGAGACACUGAGAUUUCAUGUUCCAGUUGCUCUACUUGUUCCCAGGGUUGCAACAGAAAAUACUCUGUUGCAAGGCUAUGGCAUUCCUGCUGGAACAAGAAUCAUAAUCAAUGCAUGGGCAAUUGCGAGAGAUCCCAAUUACUGGGAUAGGCCAGAAGAAUUUUGGCCUGAGAGGUUCAUAGAUUGUAAUGUUGAGUUUAAAGGACAAGACUUCCAGUUUACACCAUUUGGAGCUGGGCGAAGAGCUUGCCCAGGGAUUGGCUUCGCAAUUGCUACUAUAGAAUGCGCCCUCGCAAACUUGUUGCAUCAUUUUGACUGGGAGGUUCCAAAAGAAAUGAGAGAUGAAGCUUUGGAUAUGAGUGAAUUGCGAGGGAUAACAAUUCACAAGAAGUCGCCACUUCUUCUUACAGCAAAGUUGCAUUAUGUAGAACUUGCUUAGCCAUUUCGAUUGAUUGUUGUGCUUAACUGUAUUGACUGGACAGUAGCUCAAUAAUCUCUCUCUCUCUCUCUCU